ACCGGAAGUGCUACCCGGAAGUGAUGAUGUUGUUGCCGUGUUUGGGGAAAUGGCGUCCAGCCGUCGUCCCGUUGUCGUGCUGAGAAAGUGUGUGUGACAUCCACAGUAAUGAGCCAUCCGAGCCUCCGUAUGUCCGGAUAAAGCUGUCUGAAUGGACUUUGUGCUGUUCACCGUUUUUCGGAAUGUUUUCCCGCUGACUCAUCUCCCGGUAGCCUACAAAGCUACAGAAGUUAGCUUAGCAUGCUAGCUGUAAACAGAGCGGAGCUUAGCAACACAGCGCUAGUCAGAGUGACUGUUUGAUGGAGAGCAAACAGUGUUUUUGACGGAGUUUGUGUGAUUGUGUGAAAAUGUGUAAAGUCCAAAUGCUGAGAGCGUUGGUGAAGCAGCGACUAACUGCGGCUGCUGAAGAGAUAUUUGGGCUGUUUGAAAGAACGAUAGCAGAGUACGAGGAGGAACUUUGUCGUUCAAAAGAGGAGAACGAGCGACAACGGAAACUACUGGACGCUGUUUUCAACCCUCAACUUCGGUUACACAGAGCAGUGUGUCCUGCAGACAUCCAGCAGCUGGUAGUGAGGAAAGAGGAGGUUCCCCCUGAGCAGCAGGAGCGGAGCCCCAGUCUGGACCAGGAGGACCAAGAAGUUCAGACUCAGCCACUACACUUUAAAGAGGAACAGGAGGGAGAGCAGCUUCAAGGGCUGCAGGAGGCGGAGAUCACCAAGUUCACAUUCACUCCUGUCCCUGUGAAGAGUGAAGAUGAUGAUGAAGAGAAACCUCAGUCCUCACAGCUUCAUCAAAGACUAACUGAACAGAUACAAACAGAAGCUGACUAUGGAGGACCAGAACCAGACAGGAACUCAGCUCCAGAUACACAUUUACAACCCGCUACUGAUGACAGUGCUGAAGAUCGGUUUGAACCAGAGACUAAAUUGAGUUAUUAUGGCAAAACCACCACCAGAGAAGCUCAUUUAGGUUUAAACUUUAUGGAAAAUAACACAUAUAGUUCCAGUGAGAAAUCAUUUGGCUGCUCUGUGUGUGGUAAACGAUUCAACCAAAACUCAAAUCUGAAGACGCACAUGAGAACCCACACAGGAGAGAAACCGUUCACUUGCUCAUUUUGUGGUAAAAGCUUUGGCCAGAAGGCAUCGCUGCAGAACCAUUUGAGAUGUCAUACAGGAGAAAAACCCUACAGCUGUUCAAUUUGUAACAGAUGUUUUUCACGGUCAGAACAUUUACAGUUACACAUGAGAACACACACAGGUGAGAAACCGUUCAGCUGCAACGUGUGUGGUGAAAGAUUCACAUGGCGUCAUCAGUUCAAAAAUCAUAAGUGUGGUGGUGAGUCCUCACAGCUUCAUGAACUCUGGACCAAUCACGUGUGGAGACCCAGUCUGGACCAGGAGGACCCAGAGCCCCCACACAUUAAAGAGGAACAGGAGGAAGUCAGGACCAGUCAGAAGGGAGAGCAGCUUCAAGGGUUUACAUUCACUCCUGUCCCUGUGAAUAGUGACGAUGAUGAUGAUGAAGAGAAACCUCAGUCCUCACAGCUUCAUCAAAGACUAACUGAACAGAUGGAAACAGAUGAUGGAGAGGACUGUGGAGGACCAGAACCAGCCAGAAACUCAGAUCCAGAUAGACAUUUACAACCUGAUACUGAAGACACGACUGGAUAUCGGUUUGAACCUGACACUGAAGCUCAUUUAGGCUUAAACCUUCCAGAAGAUAUGGGAUAUAAUUCUUGUGAGAAAUUAUUUCACUGCUCUGUGUGCGGGAAACAAUUUAACCAAAACUCAAAUCUGAAGACGCACAUGAGAACCCACACAGGGGAGAAACCGUUCACUUGCUCAUUUUGUGGUAAAAGAUUUGGCCAGAAGGCACAUCUGCAGAGCCAUCUGAAACGUCACACAGGAGAAAAACCUUACAGCUGUUCACUUUGUAACAGAUGUUUUUCACGCUCUGAACAUUUACAGUUGCACAUGAGAACGCACACAGGGGAGAAACCGUUCCUCUGCAGCGGUUGUGGCGAAAGAUUCACAUGGCGUCAUCAGUUCAAAAAUCACAAGUGUGUUGGUGAGUCCUCACAGCUUCAUGAACUCUGGACGAGUCGGGAGGGAGAGCAGCUUCAAGGGCUGCAGGAGGCUGAGAUCAACAAGUUCACAUUCACUCCUGUGUCUGUGAGGAGUGAAGACGAUGAUGAAGAGAAACUUCAGUCCUCACAGCUUCAUCAAAGACUAACUGAACAGAUAAAAACAAAAGCUUAUGGAGAGGACUGUGGAGGACCAGAACCAGCCAGGAACUCAGAUCCAAAUAGUCAUGAGUCACAUGGACUAACAUGUAACUCGUUCAUUGGACAGUUCUGGUGACGUCAACCAGUUGUUGGUCCUGGAGUCUUUGAUUUAGUGGAGAUUUACAAGAAAAUACAAAUGGGAGAAAACAGUUGUUGCUAUGUUUCAGUUUGUGGUUAAGGAUUUGUCAGUUAUCAGUUAGCAUGUUGGUUACCAGUUACCAGGUUCAUUUGAAGGUCAGUUAGUCGUUAGGCUGUCAGUUAGCUGGUCAGUGAUUAUAACUUUAACUCUCUGUUUCAUAGUAUAACGUUAGCUCUCUGUUGGUGGAUACAAUUACAUACUUAGUGUCAGAUGUAUGAGAUUGUUCCCUCUUAGAGCAACUAAAAGUUAGAUUUCCCUACCUGGAGAACAAAUAACAGCCACGUUUUUUCAUAACUUCAGCGUCCAUUUUUUAAAUGGAUUGUUAUAUAAAAACAGGGGCUGGGGGUAAACGAUUAUUUAUUAAACGAUUAAUCGGGCGAUUAUUUUAUCGAUUAGUCGACUAAUGUAACGACUAAUUGGAUGAUUAAUCUAACUAUUAUUUUUCUGUUAGACAGAUAACGUUAAAAGCUACUGCAAUCUGCUUGCUACCAUUAGCUAGAUCUAGCAGCUGUGCACUCGGUGGUGCUAGGCUAACCAACGCAUCUUAGCUCUCUGUGCAGUUUGUUCGUGCUAGGUUAGUAGCUAAAGGUCACGUUAGCUAACGUUAGCUACUAUCGAUAGCUGUGCCCUGCAGCCGUAAGCUAGCUACCAUUCAAGCCAACAUUAGAUAACUAAUGUUAGCUAAACACAGCUGUCUAGGCGCCAGUAGCUAGCGAACGUUAACGUUAGCUACUAACCUAGCACGAACAAACUGCACGGAGAGCUAAGAUAGUUAGCUAGCACCACCGAAGUGCGCAGAGCCCAAGCUACACAACACAACACACAAACAUGAAAUUAAUUUAGCCAACGUUAGUACUUACUUGUUAUUGUCUAACUAUUGUUAUUGUGGUAUGCCAACUCCAUUUGGCAAAGAGCGCAAAUAACAACACCUUUAUGUUUGGGACUAAAUUUGAAGUAUUCCCAUGAUUUAGGGCAAGCUGUUUUAUAGGACUUUUUCUUUUAUUGGGGCUUUUAUUGGGGCUUUUAUUGGGGCUUUUUGCAGGGCUUUGUUUGGAAUUCUGUGAGGAGAUUGCUGUUUUGUCCUCCAUUCUGCAAUGUUCUGGUCUCCCACGUGUGUGUGGCAAGCCGUCGCGAAGCGUAGAUGCAAAAAUAGGACGUCGAAGUAAUUUUGGCAUCUUGGACCUCUUCCUGGAUUAGAUGGUGUCUUGCCAACCAGGGUCUUUGGGAAGUAUCCCAAGCCCACACUUCUGAUUGCCAUGGUGCCACCAGUGUCUUUUGCCUCCUCCAGCUAAUGACAUCUUCUGGUCCAUGGAGUCCCUGUACAGUGGGGUAACACUCUUCAGUUAGGCCAUUGAUAGGGUGCUGCAGGGUGUUACUGGUCCCAUACAGUGCUGCACUGCUAAGGGAAAGGCCCAGCCGCUUGCAGAGAAAGCCGCUGAUCUUCCCUUUGAGGGACUUUCAAUGAAACCAGUAGACGCAGGAGGACUCAGGGAAAGAUAGCACCUGUUGUGGUGAAGGAAUUUCCCCUGCAUUAAAUAAGGGUGGCUCGACAGCGCAGUGUCUGAUAUUACCGCAAUUUUUUGUGUUUUUGCCAAUUACUUUGUAAGGAGUUCAGCAGGAUAAUGUUUAAUCUCAGUACCUGCUUGUACUGACCACCUGUACUCUCCCUCCUCCUGCUUCCUGGGUCUGUGACCCUGUUAACUGCUGACUUUCAGUCUAUAAAAGGCACUGCAUUACAGACAGCGAGCCUCUUCAGCCUCGCCGCUCUGGGAUGCUUUCUGUCUUAAAGACAAACACUGAACAUGACCUGAUGAGGUGACAUUGUGUGCGGUUGUUCUCACAUUUUGUGAGGAAGUUUAACAUAUAAACUUAAAAGACCUUAACACAGUGUUUACUGACAGAGUUUCACUCUCUGAUAAACAACCUCGUGCUGUUUGAUUGUUAAGAAUGAUAAAAAUACAGAAUAUAGAUAGAGAAUUAUAUAAAAAAGUUCCCUGAACAUAAAAUAGUUUUACACAAACUUCAUGCAGUUAUUGUGUUCACUGUUUAAAACAACUGAUAAACUGUACAAUGCACACAAUCAGAACUGUCAUUGUUCCAUACAAAUCAGGGUCGUCACUUUACAAAGUGGUAGAAAAAGGGGCCCUUAAGAAAAAAGGUUAUGGAAAUGUUCUGGACGGAUGAACCCUGUAAAUCAACAACGGCUGAACAGUCUUUGCCAAAAUUACCCAAACUACCCCUGGUGAGUUUUGAUCUUGUGAGGGUUGUUGUUGCAUUGCUGUCCCUGAUUGUUUGUAUUUUGAUGGACAUUUAUUCCAUUUCUGUCCAGCACAGUCCAUACUGACUAUAUAAUGCUGUGUUCCCACCACAGGCAAAUAAAAUUAUUCACGUGAGAAGAUUACAUACAAAGUCAAUACAAAGACACAUAAACACACAUUGCAACUUGCAUGUUCUUUGAGUGAGGGUUAGGGUUAACCCUCUCUGCAGGAGAGAGCCGGAGCUUCUGGAGGAACAGACAUCUGCAGUCAAACUCUGAUCUGGAGACUUUAUGUAGUUUGUUCUUUAAACUUUUGGGAUUAAAAAGUGGAUUUAUCUUCGCUCUCUCUUCUCAACCCGUCUGCUGUGAGCCACGAGGUGCCUCACACCACUGUUGGAAGCCAGAUUAAAGGGUGAAUGUAGGUUCAUACAAAUGAUCCCAUGAGUAAAGUAGUGCAAGUAACACUACCAUGUGAACCUGAGGUUUGUUGUCUUAAUACAUUUUGUGUUUAUAAGUUUCCAUUUAGUGUGUUUAUUUGUAGUCAGGAAUAAAUAAUAGAUUACAGUACUCAAAUUAUUAUUGUAAUUAGACUUAAAACUUAAGCUGAUUGAUAAUUAUUGUCUGGAGUUCUCAUCGUUUCUGCCUGACUUGUUGUUUCUACUGAAUUUUGUCACCCGAUGAGGGAAACUUGUAUUUUAUUGGUCCUUCUCUGCUGCCGACCUCCAGCUGUGUGUUUUCAUCCAGAGUUUGUCGUCUGAUCCAGACAACCUUUCAUUUGAGCCUCUAUCACAGAGACAGGAUGGCAUUUAGCUCCCAGCGUACAGCUGAGAGAGAUAAGAAUGCUAAUUAAUGCUAAUUAAUGCUUACACACACACAGGUGGAGGAGGAACAUGGUUACAUUAGAAAGCAGCUGUGUGAUAUUAUUAAAUGAGUCUUUUCAUUAAAGUCAA